AUGGUCAAGUCAACCAUCACACUCGCCUCCGGCAAGGAAAUGCCCCUCGUGGGUUUUGGUCUAUGGAAAGUCCCGAAAGAGACAGCCGCAGACACUGUAUACAACGCCAUUAAAGCCGGAUACAGACUGUUCGACGGAGCAUACGAUUACCAAAAUGAAAAAGAAGCCGGCGAAGGUAUCCAGCGCGCCAUCGCCGACGGCCUGGUCACUCGUCCUGAGAUCUUCAUCACAACCAAGCUAUGGAAUAACUACCACCGCCGCGAGCAUGCCAUUGAAAUGGCAAAGAAGCAAAACGACGCAUGGGGCCUUGGCUACAUCGACCUCUUCCUAAUGCACUUCCCCUGCGCAUUGAAGUACAUCGACCCUUCUAUCCGCCAAUACCCAGCAUGGUGGAUGGACGAUGCCGGCACCGUAUCCCCAGACAAUGUCCCCAUUCGCGAAACCUGGGAAGCCAUGGAGAGCCUCGUUGACAGCGGCGUGGCGCACAGUAUUGGCGUGAGCAAUUUCCAGGCGCAGAGCUUGUACGAUAUCAAGACAUAUGCGCGACACCCAUUGUCUGCUCUGCAGAUCGAGCACCAUCCCUACCUUGCGCAGACGGAGCUUAUCCAGAUGGCGCAGGAGAAUGGCAUUGCUAUCACAGCAUACUCAAGCUUUGGGCCGCAGUCUUUUGUUGAGCUGCCUCCUGCGUUUUCGAAGAGAGCACAGGGCAUUCCGCUCCUGUUCAAUGCCGAGCCUGUUAAGGCUAUUGCAAGCAAGUAUGAUGUCACUCCUGCGCGGGUGCUGUUGCGUUGGGCUACGCAAAGAAACAUUGCUGUUAUUCCCAAGUCGAAUAACCAGACUCGUCUCGCUGAAAACUUGGAUGUUUUGGGCUUUGAUCUCACCUCUGAAGAGAUCGAGUCUAUCACGGCGUUGGAUCGCGGCUUGCGGUUCAACGACCCCGGUUUCUACUUGCCGAACUACCCUCUCCGGAUUUUUGCUUAG